ACUGUACAUGACAGAGGAUACUGUCUGUUUUAACGGCUAUGGAUAAUGUUUAGAAAUCGGUACGGACAUUUAUUUGUGAUGGGACUUGCAUCGGCUUUCUUAGGGAUUUUUGGUCAGACAGACCAUACUGUCGGUACAAACGGCAAAAUGUGCUAGACUUUUUUGGCUUUCCGUUUUUAUUUAGGUUGCGACAGAAUCGCUAUUUGGAAACAUCUCAUUUAUUCCGGUGACUGUUUCGCGGAAUACUUCGUCAUUUUACCACUGUAUUAAGAUCAGCAACACCCAAGGAAGCUAUUUGCCAACUUGAAAUGUCAGAUCCCAUGGCCGUGGGAGAGGAGUAAAAAGUUUUCUCCCGGACCAAGAGCACCUGGCACCCUCCCUCUCUGCGCUUCUCUCUCUGCCGGCAUGACUCUCGGCGCGGUGUCCGGAUCCGACAGCUCGUCGGCGGUCAGCUUCUGCUCCUGCUGCGGGGCCAAGAUGGUGCCCUACUUUGACGAGGACGCGGUGGUGUCCAAAAAUCAGAUCAACCAGCUCAUCAGUGAGAGUUUCCUCACUGUAAAAGGUGCAGCCCUGUUCCUUCCCAGGGGAAACAGCCCCACGCCUAACUCUGCACCUCGCAUCAGCCAGCGCAGGAAUAAGCACACAGGUGACCUCCAGAAACAUCUUCAGACCAUGUUUACUGUACUGCGGCCAGAGGACACCAUCCGACUGGCUGUGCGUCUAGAGAGCGCUUAUCCUCAGGUAACCCGCUACAUGGUGGUGGUCUCCACCAAUGGUAGACAAGACACGGAGGAGAGCAUCGUGCUUGGCAUGGACUUUGUCUCCUCGGACAGCUGCUGUACGGUGGGUCUGGUUCUACCUCUGUGGAGUGACACUUUGAUCCACCUGGAUGGAGACGGUGGUUUUAGUGUGUCAACAGUUAACAGGGUUCAUGUUUUCAAGCCAGUAUCUGUCCAGGCUAUGUGGUCAGCCCUCCAGUCGCUCCACAAAGCCUGCGAGGUGGCCCGCUGCCAUAACUACUACCCGGGCAGCCUGUUCCUGACCUGGGUCAGCUACUACCAGAGUAGGGUCUCAUCCAACCAGUUCUGCGUUAAUGAGUGGAACGCCAUGCAGGACGUGGAGUCCCACCGUGCCAAUUCACCCGUUCUCUUCACAGACCUGCCCACAGAGAGGGAGCGCACAGAGAGACUCAUCAAGAUGCGUCUCAGAGAGAUCAUGAUGCAGAAAGACCUGGAGAACGUCACCUGUAAGGAGAUCCGAACAGAGCUGGAGAUGCAGAUGGUAUGUAACCUGAGGGAAUUUAAGGAGUUCAUAGACAACGAGAUGAUAGUCAUCCUGGGACAGAUGGACAGCCCCACUGAAAUCUUUGAACACGUCUACCUGGGCUCUGAGUGGAAUGCCUCCAACCUUGAGGAGCUGCAGAACAGCGGAGUGCACUACAUCCUGAAUGUGACCAGGGAGAUAGAUAACUUCUUCCCGGGGAUGUUUGAGUACCACAACAUCCGAGUGUACGAUGAAGAAGCCACCAACCUGCUGGAGUACUGGAACGAGACCUACAAGUUCAUCACCAAAGCCAAGAAAGCUGGUGCUAAGUGUCUGGUUCAUUGUAAAAUGGGCGUGAGUCGCUCUGCCUCCACAGUGAUCGCUUACGCCAUGAAGGAGUACGGCUGGGACCUGGACACCGCCUUCGACUAUGUGAAAGAGAGACGAGCCGUCACCAAACCAAACCCUUCCUUCAUGAAACAGCUGGAGGAGUAUCAGGGAAUUCUGCUGGCCAGCAAACAAAGGCAUAAUAAGCUAUGGCGCUCCCACUCCGACAGCGACCUAUCAGAUCGCCCGGAGUCAAUGUGCAAACCUCCGUCUCACUCUCUGGGCCGCUCUGACUCUCACAACAACAACACUUCCUCCCCCUCCUUACAUCACAUCCUGGGCGUGGCCGUGCUGCAAGCGCUUGGUGCCGAACCCGAAGACUCAGCCAAAUCAAACACCGCACACACAUUGCACACUGACUCACACACAGACUCCAACAGUGUGUGUGACUCACCGGGUCAGGAGGAGGUCGGAUCAGAUUGCGGAGACCCUCUCCUGCUUCCCCUCCCCACGCCGCAAGCAGCCACUGUGGUCCCAGAGGAAAGACUGGACAAUUCAGCGAGUGUGGCUGUCACUGUGCCUGUUGCUCUCCCCCACCCUCCACCAGCACUCCACAUCUUACCUCCUACUCCUGAGCUCCAGCGUGCUCACCGGGAGCCUCCCACACAGCUGUCCAUAUCAGUGCCCAAACACAACCUGGUGGAGCUGCCCCUAAAUUUGCCUGAGCGAAGCAGCUCAGAGGAAAUCUCUCCUCUCACUCUGGGAUCCACUGACUCAGACUUAAUAGACCGAUCAUUAUCAGAUUCAAGGAGUGACAAACACAGUCCCCUCAGUCCGCUACCUCUGAUCCUUCCCCUCUCUGACAGUGACGACAAUAACAACCCCAGCGAGUUGCAAAUGGAUGGCCGCGGCGAGGCCGACGGGUCGUCCAACCACAGCGCAGACAGCAUCGACUUCUUCAGUGCCAGGGAGAAGUUUCUGGGCCUGGCUCAAGAUGGCAGAUCAAGGACACUUGCUGAGCAGGCACAGCAAAGGAUACCUCUGUCACCCGAGGAAAACGAGGAAACUGAGACUAAGGAGGAAGAGGAGCAAGAAAAUGUGACUGGUCAGGCGUCUCCACAGUUUGAACACAGCAAUGACAAAGUCAGCCCUGACCCAACUCAUCAUCAUCACCAUGACAACGGAGUAUCAGUCCGCCAUAUUGUCACAGAGAUAGAAGCCAUAUGCCACCCUCCCUCCUGUCUUCCUCCCCCCUCCUCCUCCUCCUCCUCCUCCUCCUCUUCCUCUUCCUCUUCCUCCUCAUCGCUCCCUCAAUCCGCCCACAGCCCUCAAUUUACCCGACCAGAGCAUCAGAUGGAGGCAGAGACUUCUGAAGUCACACACGGCUCUCUAACUCCUCCUUCACACCCGCAGUCUCCCUCCAUGCUGCCGUGUGAUUGGCCCGCUGGCUCGGUGCGGCGAGCCACCAAGCAGCUGGAGCAGAAGCUGAGGCAGGAAAUGGAGAUGGCUGCAUCUCAGCGGUCUCCGCUGCAUUCCCCCAGCGCUGAACACCCUCCUGUCAGACUGUCCCUGUGUCCCCUGAGCACUGAGCAUCCUCCCCUUCGCUCCCCUCAGGACUGCACAGAACACAGGAUCACUCAGGGAGAGCUUACGGCUGUAUUAGAUAAGUCCAAAGAUGGAGAAAAGCAUACAGGGUCACAUCCAGAGCUCAGCUCCUCAGGCACGGACAACUUUCCAGACCCCUCAUGCUCCCCAGACUCACAUAUCAGCCAAGUCUCUGGUGCUAAACCUAUCAUUUUGCCCACAUCCAUAGAUAGCCACAUGCUGACAUCAUCACUGACAUCUACGAGUCAGUUACAAGAAUCACCUCUGGAUACCUCAGCCCAGUCCCAAAGACAGAGCCAGCUCCACAGCCAAAACCAGCAGCGUCAGCCUCAGGCCUGCUCAAGUCAAAUGACUGUGGAUGGUGUGACAGUGCAGGAGUCAGACACAGAUGAGAGGAUAGAAUCCAGUCUCCAGGUCAGGCAAGGGGGCUGUGGCCCCGGCUGUGACGUCCAGAGCAGACUGGUUCGCGGCAGCCAGGAGCUGGAGAGGAUUCAGCAGACUCUGAGAGAGCUGCAGGCUUUCCUCCAUGAGGGCAUCAGCCUGGAGACGACAGACAGCCAAGACCAGGAACUGGGGCAGCCUCAGGGGCUCAGAGUCAUUAUGGACACAGAGCCAGGGCCUUGUAGAGGGGCGAGCUCUCAGCAGACCCCUCCAGACCUGGAAGUAGGGCAGUGGCUCAGAGAGAGACAAGAGGGGAAGAGUUUCCUGGAGCCGAUAGUGUGGCACAGAGCCAUGGAGCUCGAGGCUCGCAUCCGCCAGGCGGGCCUCACCCCCCCUUCUCUAAUGAAGAGGUCAGCCUCUUUGGCCAAACUGGACUGUUUGGAGCUGUCGGCCAAUGACCUUAGUGACCUGGACCUGAGGCCACAUAUCAGAGCGACAUCAUCACACUCCCAGGACUCUUUCUCGGUGUCCACAUCUCACCCUGACGACACCUGGAAGAAGCAGAAAGUGUUGGGUUUGUCCCCCAGCGGCAGGGAUCCUGACGAGUCAUCCUCGUCACUGUCCCUCUGCCUCUCCUCCUCCCGUCAUUGCUGUCCAAAAGGGGACACAGGUGAGAGGGAGGAGCCAGACGGCAGCGGGAGCGGCGUGUCCUCUACCACACGCCAGCAGGGGAGGGGACACUCAUCGAGACGUUCUCGAAAAGGCUCAGCUGAGAAAAAGCAGCGAGCCGUCACUGUGCUAUACAAUACCAUGUAACCUCAGUGCAAUGGACUGGAACAGACUGGACUGGAGAGAGGCUGCAUGUAUGAAUGUGUAGCAGGUAAACUGGAGACCUUGUGUAACCUCUGAUGUAUGUUUAGUGUGUAAGAAUGGAAUGACGAACAUAUGUUUGCAUGUAAAUCACUGGAUGUGUUGUUUUAACUGGAGUUCAGGUUCGUAUGUACAGCAAUGAAAAUAUGAAUGUUCAAACUAAGACUGAACCAGUGCAUACUGUAUGCACUCUGUUAUAUCUUAUAUCCUUUUUUUAAAGAUAGGUUUGUUAUCAGUGUUUGACCCUUGCUGCCUGUUCAGAGUUUCUAAAACUACGAGAGGGGCUUUUUCUCCAAACAUGCACUUUACUGUUUUCAAUUAUUUUCUUUUAUUUGAAAUCUGUUUUGUACCCUGAGGAGGAUUCUUUUGCACUGAUCUCGGUCAACUUGUCUCUGUAUGCGUGCUUUUUUGUUUUCAAAGUGGACAGACAUGUCUUUACUCAGAUUUUUUAAUUAAACUAGGACAUAAAUAUUGUGA